AUCCCCGUGGAUUUGCCGCCACCUCUUGUAAGCUCCCGCGAUCAGAGUUAGAAUGAGACAAUCUCCCUAGGCACCAGGCCGUAGCCAAGAGAGACAUCACGGUUUGUUUGGCCGCUACAGUACUGACACAUACACCGAUCAGCCAUAACAUUAAGACCACAUGCCUAAUAUUGUGUAGGUCCCCCCCUGAGUCACCAAAACAGCUCUGGUCCAUUGAGGUUUGGACUCCCUAAGACCUCUGCACAAUAUUAACAGUGUAAGUCCUGUAAAUCGUGAGGUCGGGCCUCCAUGGAUUGGACUUGUUUGUCCAGCACAUCCCACUAAUGCUCGAUCUGUUUGAGAUCUGAGGAAAUUGGAAACGCCUUGAACUCUUUCUCAUGUUCCUCAAACCGGGUGCAUUAUCCUGCUGGAAGGGGCCACUGUCAUCGGGGAGUAUGGUUGCCAUGAAGAGGUGCACUUGGUCUGCAGUAGUGUUUAGUGCGGGACCCAAGGGAGAUAACAUCUACGAGUGGAGGUCCACCAUCCUGGGACCCCCGGGGUCCGUGUACGAGGGGGGUGUCUUCUUCCUCGACAUCGCCUUCACGCCCGACUACCCCUUCAAACCACCCAAGGUGACAUUCCGCACGAGGAUCUACCACUGCAACAUCAACAGCCAGGGCGUGAUCUGCCUGGACAUCCUGAAGGACAACUGGAGUCCCGCCCUCACCAUCUCCAAGGUGCUGCUGUCCAUCUGCUCCCUGCUCACCGACUGCAACCCCGCUGACCCCCUGGUUGGGAGCAUCGCCACACAGUACCUGACCAACAGAGCGGAACACGACAGGAUAGCCAAACAGUGGACCAAGCGAUACGCCACAUAGAUCUUCGGAGCCACCGCCCCCCAAGCCACCACCUCCCCCCUGCUCGUUGCUUCACCAAAACUCGUGUCCCUCCGCCUCCCCCCACUCCGUGAAAGCACACCCAGUCAGUGCGGCCUUGGCCCCCCCCCCCCAUCCCUCACACCUUUUCUUUUUGUGAAAAGAAUCGUCCUUUGUUCCUUGUUGACUUGAAAGCUUCUUUUUAUACAAAGAGCAGACUUGGAUUUUAUUUUCCAACUCACUGAAUGUUGAAACUGUCAUAGAAAAAAAAAGCUUGAUGAUGAUGAUUAUUAUUAUUAUUAUUGUUGUUGUUAUUAUCCAGCUGAAACGUGUUUCCGCUCCUUUGAACAUGACAGCAGGGACAUUGCAGGUGAUAUUUUGUUUUCAUUCUCCCCUAUAGUGUUUAGUCACUUAUGAUUCACGUCUGCAGGAAGAUGAUGGAGAUUUAAUUUUUUACCAGACUCGCGGCGUUCGAAUACACUAUCCGAGCUCUACUUUCCUAAUUUUUUAACGUAUGUAUUUUUUUUAAGACGCCGACUGCAGCCGCGUCCGUCUCCCUGGCGUAGAGAGACGUGACUGUGUAGAUUUUUCUCCUGCCUGCUACGGUUUGAUGACGAAGCUGUUUGCUGUACACUCGCGUUGUGGAAGCGCUGAAUAAAACACUGGCCAAACCUGGAGCCCAGAGUCCUGGCUUUGGUCAUUCUUGGGUCUCUUGACGCAGUUCCAGCAGCAUCAUGUGUGCGAUUCCGAGGUCAAUCGAGAAGGACAAAUGCAUGCGUGAACCACAAGGAGGGUCCAGUUCUCCUUGUCGUUCUGGUUUCAGGUUUAAACAUGGGUUCUGCUGCCAGCUGGUGCCCCAGUUAAGCUGUUGACUGAAUAACGAAUCUGAGGUAUGAAAGCAAGAACCACAGUCAUACUACUCACAGAAGAAGCAGGCCCAUCUCUCUUACUGCAGGAAACCACACAUGUUCUUAACUGUGACAUCACAGCUUACUCUCAGUGGAGAAGGAGCAUCACCUACGUCAUUUUAUAAAACAGCAUUCAAACAGUUCAGUAUUAAAAUAGUACUCAAUAUAUUCUGUGUACUUUGUAAUGUAUGUUUUCUGUUGUACAGAAGUGGUCUGUUAAAUUUGGUUUUCCUUAAAAAAUUAAAGAUUUUUUUAAGAAUGCCCUACCAGCAUA